UGGACCGCUUCAGCCCGGGGAUGCCUGGAAGGCUGCAGGUUCGCGGGGUCGCCUGACUGAGCCGAGCGAGAGAAAUGGUCCCCGCCCCGCCACUCGCCGGUUGAGAACGGGCCGCCCUGGCAGAGUGGGAGGCCAGCCGCGGCGCGGGGCGCCGGCCAGAAGGGGUGCAUUGUCGUCCUGUCUUGCUGCUGAAUGUCGGUUCCAGAGGAUGAGGAGAGGCUUUUGCCGCUCGCCCAGAGAUGGCCCCGAGCGAGCAAAUUCCUCUUGUCGGGCUGCGCGGCUACCGUGGCCGAGCUAGCAACCUUUCCCCUCGAUCUCACAAAAACUCGACUCCAAAUGCAAGGAGAAGCUGCCCUUGCUCGGUUGGGGGACAGUGCAAGAGAGUCUGCUCCCUAUAGGGGCAUGGUACGCACAGCCCUAGGGAUUGUUCAAGAAGAAGGCUUCCUAAAGCUUUGGCAAGGAGUGACACCUGCCAUUUACAGACACGUAGUCUACUCUGGAGGUCGCAUGGUCACCUAUGAACAUCUCCGGGAAGUUGUCUUUGGCAAAAGUGAAGAUAAGCAUUAUCCUCUUUGGAAAUCAGUGAUUGGAGGCAUGAUGGCUGGUGUUGUUGGCCAGUUUUUAGCCAACCCAACCGAUCUAGUGAAGGUUCAGAUGCAAAUGGAAGGGAAAAGAAAACUUGAAGGGAAGCCUUUGCGGUUUCGUGGUGUGCAUCAUGCAUUUGCAAAAAUCUUAUCCGAGGGAGGAAUACGUGCACUCUGGGCAGGCUGGGUGCCCAAUAUACAAAGAGCAGCGCUGGUGAACAUGGGAGAUUUAACCACUUAUGAUACAGUGAAACACUAUUUGGUACUGAAUACACCACUUGAGGACAAUAUCAUGACUCAUGGUUUAUCAAGUUUAUGUUCUGGACUGGUAGCUUCUAUUCUGGGAACGCCUGCUGAUGUCAUCAAAAGCCGAAUAAUGAAUCAACCACGAGAUAAACAAGGAAGGGGACUUUUGUAUAAAUCAUCAACUGACUGCUUGAUUCAGGCUGUUCAAGGAGAAGGAUUCAUGAGUCUAUAUAAAGGCUUUUUACCAUCUUGGCUGAGAAUGCAAUCUGGUUCUGGUUGGAUUACACAAGGCCACCCAGUGAGACCCGGCACAGAAUUUUCAAGAAGAUUCGGAUCCUGAGCACUUGCCUUGGGCGAGAAGAUUUGACCUUUGAGAUGCUCUUCUAUGCUGAGGAGCCAACUUAGAGAAGUGCCAAAGGGAGACAGCAGCUCAGACCUAAAGUAGACAAUAGGAAUGUGGAAGAAUACAUACAUACUUAGUGAUUAAGAAAUAUAUUUAAACUGUUGUCCGUAUUUCAAUUGAAAUUUGGGGAUUCAUUUUUCUGUUGUUAACAUGCACAUACUGUAAAUUAAAGGGAGGUGAAUGAAAAUUCAUAAAUAAACAUUUUGAAUUCCCCUAGUGGUGAAGGAAAUUGAUGUACCUUUUCUUGCCAAGAGCACAGAAAAUGCCAAUUUGAGACAAUGUUUGGAUUUCAAGGAAAGAAGCUCCUUUCUGUCAAAUGUCCCAUCCUUAGUUAGAUCUGUGUUCUUGGUCAGCGCUCCACUGCACAGGCUGAGGCCCCCCGACAUCCACAGACCAAGGCUUGAUGAAAACAGAGAAGAAUGUUUGCUUUGGUACAUAUGCAAUUGCAACCAAAGUUUGCUGCUAGAUCCUGAGAAUCUCUCUCUCUCUCUACAUAUAUAUAUAAAUGCAAGUUAUCUGAUUAAAGCGUAAGUGGAUAGGUCCUUUUAUAAAGCAAAUUGUUGUUAUCAUUAUCAGCCUGUGAAUUUUAAAAGUGUGGCAUUUAAAAAGCAACGCUGAGAUGAAAGCCAAUUUUGAUGGGCAUCCUUUCUUAUGUCUCCUUCCUUAACACUAAGGGCCUGAAAGAGAUAACUAAGAAAUCACACUGAAGUCAUCUCUAGCAUGAAUCUUUUAACUCCGUUUUGACAAAACUUCUUGCCUAAAUGGUGAUAAGUAUAAACUGCCUGUGGUAUAUGGUUAUGUCUCAAUCAUCAGAUCAAAUCCUUUUUCUGAUUUUAGAAAGGUGAGGUGAGAGAUUUCUUCAGAUUGACCUUAUACCACCUGCUCCCCCACCCUCAGACAGGGGGCAUUUCUGGAUAGAUGGAUUCAGUUGUGGGGAGGCUAUAACUGUCAACACAGGAAAACUCAAGAAGCUUAGAUCCAAGAAAGACAGUGGGGUAGAACUUGGGGUGAUGUUGAACAACAAAAAAAAGUUUACAAGUGCUCUGUGGUUGCACUAAUGUAUAAUCACUGCCAUUUAAAGGAGGACAUAUACUUUAAAUGUAUAUUUCAAUGUGAUGUACUACUAUGCAGUGGCUUAUUGUUUUCUAUGAAAUUUUCAGAUUGUGGAGUUUAAUCAAAAUCUGUUGGUGGUCUACUUUUCCAUUGCAUCUGUCAACCUGUGUGAAUUGAGUUGUUAACUAUAUUUAAAAUAAUAUUGUGUACUUAAAUUCCCAAGUGUUGUGCAUUGGGACCACUUUGGGGAACUCUUGGGUUUUCUUGUUUUAUAACUUUUAAAAUUAAGUAAAGACUGGAUCAAAAUAUGCAAACUGGACCAUGAAAAACUUAUUUAGCUUUAUGCUUUGAGGGGCUUGGGGUAAAAACCCUGCUUAAGUACUGAGUAUUGUUUCUUGAUCUCUGAACUCAACAUAAAUAAUUGGAAUUUUUAAA